GCCGCUGCCAGUCGGAAUUCUCAUUAAACGGAAACACAAACGUGCUGUUUUAAAUACUUGUAUUUUUUAUUUUUAAAUACUUACCGCCCUCAGCUGAUGUUAGCAUGUUGCUACGCUUUGAGGACAAGUAUCAUUCAGAAGACGUUUUGAUUGCAUGUGGAAGAAAACUACUAAACUAACAGAAGUCUUGGAAGUCUACUAUUGCUGUAUUUUUUUUUUGUUUUUGUUUUUUUUUUGUUUUUUUUUUUACUGAAGAAGGUGCAGAUAUAACAGGAGUUUAUAAAGACGUGGAUUCGGCAAGCUGCACAAAUGGUCUUUCUGUGGGACGCCAAAUACGACCCCUCCCAUGGCCGGCGCUACACCCCCUCAUCCACCACCCUGGCGUCUGGGGAAAAGAUAGCUGAGGCCCUGGGCGGCCAGGAGGUUGAAAGCGGUGUGUCACUCGUGAACAAGCUGCGCAUGGCCAGCCAUGACAUGGUGGUCUCCGAUCACACGGGAGAGUUGGUGAAGACGGACAGUCCUAACUUCCUGUGCUCUGUGUUGCCGACACACUGGCGCUGCAACAAAACCCUGCCCAUUGCGUUUAAGGUGGUGGCCCUUGGCGAGGUUUCUGAAGGCACCAUGGUGACCGUGAUGGCAGGAAACGACGAGAACUACUCAGCGGAGCUGCGCAACGCCACAGCUGCCAUGAAAAACCAGGUGGCCCGAUUCAAUGACCUGCGCUUCGUUGGACGCAGCGGCCGGGGUAAGAGUUUCACGUUGACCAUCACAGUGUUCACCAACCCCCCCCAGGUGGCGACCUACCAGAGAGCCAUCAAAAUCACUGUGGACGGUCCCAGAGAACCACGACGUCAUCGCCAAAAGAUGGAUGACAUCAAGCCCGGGUCGUUGGCCUUCUCCGAGAGGCUCACCGAGCUGGAGCAACUGAGGCGGAGCUCCAUGAGAGUAACGCCCCCACACCAUCAUCAUCACCCCCAUCAUCAGCAUCACCACCAUCACCAUCACCAGGCCUCCGUCAGCAACACACGCCAGUCGGCUGCGGCCUCCUUGCACUCCGCCACCUUCUCCAGCCCCGCCCACACACAAAUGUCUGCUGAUGCUCGACCACUGCAGUCCUCGCCAUCGUGGUCCUACGACCAAUCCUAUCCAUACCUGGGCCAGAUAGCCACACCCAGCGUCCACCCAGCCAAUCCCCUUUCACCAACUCGCUCAUCGCUGGGUGAUCUGUCCUCACGACUUACAGGAUCCGACCUGACCUUUGGUGACCCAAGGAUGACAUUGGAACGACCUUUCACCUCUCUUCCCUCUUUGCCGGACCCACGCUUCUCCGACCCGCGUGUACAUUACCCUCCCACGGCGGCCACCUUCACUUACACGCCCCCCCACAACCCCGUCUCCAACGGCACGCUCGGCAUCACCAUGGCAACAGCCAUGGCGACCACACCCGCCGGAAGGUACCACACCUACCUGCCAACGCCAUACCCGUCAAACGCGCCGCACCAGCCGCAAAACAGGCCCUUUCAGUCCACCUCGCCGUACCACGUGUACUACUCCACCACCACCGGCUCCUACCAGUUCUCCAUGAUGGCGGGGGGAGGAGACUCACGUUCCCCGCCGAGAAUACUGCCGCCUUGCACCAACGCUUCCACCGGCUCGCCUCUCCUGCACCCGUCUCUGCCCAAUCAAAACAAUGGGGUGGGUGUGGAGGUGGAGUCCAGCCAUAGUAGCUCACCUGCAAACAUGGCCGCCGUCGAGGCCGUUUGGAGACCUUACUGAUGGACGCACCUUUUCAUCAACGCACACUGCUAGUGCUUUUAUUUCAUGUGACACUGUAGAUGUUCUUUGUUUUUGUACGGCCGUAUGAUUUGAAGGAUGGAUGUAAAAGUACGUUUUUUGUAGCACUGCAAAGACAGAAUUGUCAAAAAUUCCCACACCCGAAAAUAUAAAAAUCUGGUACUCACAGUUAACAGGAAUAAAAAAAUGAUGACCAAAAGUGACGCAUUGAAGAAAAAAAAACUAACUAUGAACUACCACUUCAAGAUUUACUUGGCAAAAAGGAGGAGCGGAGCAACGAGGACGACUGGCAGACAGUGGGAGACCACAGAAUGAUUCCCGGGCGCGGCACCGCUGCUCCCCACUGCUCCCCUCACCUCCCAGGGGGUGAUCAAGGGUGAUGGGUCAAAUGCAGAGAAUAAUUUCGCCACAUCUAUCUAGCACAGGGGUCACCAAUGCAGUGCCCGCGGGCACCAGGUAGCCCGUAAGGACCAGAUGAGUAGCCCGCUGGCCUGUUCUAAAAAAUAGCUCAAAUAGCAGCACUUACCAGUGAGCUGCCUUUAUUUUUUUUUAAAUUUUAUUUCAUUACUAGCAAGCUGGUCUCGCUUUGCUCGACAUUUUUAAUUCUAAGAGAGACAAAACUCGAAUAGAAUUCGAAAAUCCAAGAAAAUAUUUUAAAGACUUGGUCUUCACUUGUUUGAAUAAAUUCAUUUAUUUUUUUAUUUUGCUUCCUAUAACUUUCAGCA